UCUGAAGCGUUAUCGGUGUGCAGCAGCAGCAGCAGCUGCUCGGUCAUUUUAAUCUGUCGGUGAUAAAAGCAGGUGAGAACCCCCAGACUGUCGUUAGAUUCCUGCAGCAGAACUCAGAAAAACUUCAUCACAGUUUACAUCCCAGCAGCAGCACCACUCUGGCUAUGAAGCUGCUGUCGGCUCUUCUCCUCCUGCUGGUUCCUCUGUUGGCCAGCAGUCAGAUUUUGGACUGCAGCGACAUUUCUCGUCAGAAUCCCAGCAGUCCCAGUGGAGUUUACACCAUCUAUCCCAUCGGAUCCACAUCUGGUGUCCAGGUUUACUGUGACAUGGACUCACAUGGAGGAAAAUGGACCGUGUUCCAGAGAAGGAUGGACGGCUCUGUAAACUUCUACAGGAAAUGGAGUGACUACAAGACAGGCUUUGGGAAUCCUGCUGGAGAGUACUGGCUUGGUCUGGAUAUACUCUACAACUUAGGCCGUCAGAAAAACUUCGAGCUGAUGGUGGACAUGGAGGACUUUGAAGGAAACACGGCGUACGCUCAUUACAGCCCGUUCAAUGUGGGUCACGAGUUGGACGGAUAUCCUCUGUAUUUGCCCAGUUACAUCGGUGGAGGAGCAGGAGACACUAUGACAUAUCUCCAUCUUCAUAAAUUUGCUACUUUUGACCAUUAUCAACACAUUGGGACAGAAAACUGUCCAGAACAUUUUCUGGGAGCUUUCUGGUUCGGCCCGGCAUGCCAGUACGGAAACCCAAACGGAGUCUACACCUGGGGCAGUGAGGGGACCAGAUAUGAGGUUGGAGUAAUCUGGAACAGCUGGAAGGGCAGCAUGUAUUCUCUCAAGGCCAUCAGCAUGAAGAUUCGCCCUCUUGAGUAAAAACAGCAGCUCAAACAUCCAGCACUAUGUUCGGCAAUAAAGUCU